UUCAGAUCUAAAAUGUAAUAUAAGAAUGCGAUGAAUAUACAAGAAAUUGGAAAAGGUAGAAGCUAGUUGGGGGUUUUAUGUAAUUUCACUGAAAAGCAAGAAAUCCAACUUUGCCUUUGAAUUUUGAACUCUCUCUCACAGUCGGAAUCAUGCCUGCCACUGGGAAAGCAAAAGGGGUGGGGAUAUGGGGUAUGAGAUAUCAAUAAAGAAAAGAGGUCCAUUUGACAACCAAUCUCCAUCAUCAUAUCAGAAAACCAAAAAGCUUCAUCAUUUGUCAUCUACAUGAACUCCCUUCCUUCAUAUCUCCUCUCCACUCCUCUCCACCACCAUCUUCAUGCACAUCAUUGCUCAUCUGUUCAUGCAGGAUCCCAAGAACAAAUCUGCAACUACCAGGAAGCCUUGGUAUCAAAGAGCAAUGGAGAUCGCGAGUCUCUGGAAAGUCACUUAUCCAAAAUCAACCAAGAUUCAACCGCCCAACCCAAACCCGACUUUAAGGAAAAAUCUUUCAACGGCUACAAGAAACAAUAAUAAUCAAAAUACCCCAAACAGACAAAAGCUUAGAAAGUCGACUUCUUUGAAAGUUGCCACUUCAUUCACGAGAGUCUGCCUGUGUGUGCCUAUAUCUUCCUACACGGAGGUCUUCCAAGCUGAGGUGGCAGUGGCACCUAGAAGAAGCAACACGUACCCAAGAUCAAAACCAUUUCCAAAUUGUGUAGUACAAGAUCGGCCAAGAAUGAGCACAGAAGGAAGAAGGAUAUUUAGAGGAAAAUCUUUGACAGACGAUGUGUUGAUGAGGAGAUUUGUGGUGGAAGAAGAGGCGAUGAUGCAAGUCAGGAGGCGAAAUGAAAUGGAAGUCAUAAGAAGGAGAAAUGUUAAAAGAAGGAGAAUGCUUGGUCCCAGCCCUUUAAGUAGAAUGGUUUUGGCAGAAGAGGAAGAGGAACAGGAACAGGAUGUGUUUUAACUUUUUAAACUCUGCAAAUUAUGUUGUUUAUGCUUCCUUCUUUGUUUUGCCUUUUGGUUUGUGACAAAAUUGCAAUGUUCAUUUGCCUGCAACUUGAAUUGCUUUCAGACCCACCAAAAGGAAGUUGAUUCAAACAGAGAUCACAAAUUGUAACAAACAUAUAUAUAUUUAUAAUAUAUUCAACAUCAUCAUAACA